AUCGUAAUCUCUGCUCAGUCAGUCUACGUUUCUAGCCGUUUGUUAUUAUUCAGAUCCUGUUAUCCUGUUGUGCCUGUUUUUCUUGCCUGAUGCUGUUUUCCUCUCUGCUACAGUUCUGCCCGCUUUGACUCUGGUCCUUGUCUCCAGUCCUGUCUUCUUGGAUUCCCCUCCGGAUGAUGGAAGGUCAUCCCUUUUUGGGCGACAUGGACAGCAUGGGUCCCACCUUCUUUGAAGCGGGCGAAGAAGAAUUUACAGAAUCCUUCUAACUUGUUGAAACUCGCCGAACAAUGACUCCCACCAAGACAAGCCAGGACGGCUCUCACCGUGACAGCUCAGUGGUUGCAUCUGCCUCAAAUAACCCCCCAACACAGAUGCAUAUCAACAAAGGUUCCACCCUAACCCCCUCUGAUGGCUCAGGGGACUCAGCAGGGUGGUCAGCCACUGUGAAGACCCCAGCCUCAGGGACCACCAGAGCCACAGCCAGCCAGGCCAGGGGAGCAGGAGCAAAGACCACAGAUACACGUUACGCCAAUAAGAACAUCCCUACUGUCAGAUAUCAUCCCGACAUCACAGAGAAGAAACCUGAGGCCCAUCAGCAUAGUCAUAGCCCUGUCAAGAGCAGCCAGGUCAGGGGUAAGCCUUUGGUCUCUCCCCCCAGGAUCAAAGCCAUACCCCUGGGAUUAGGUCAGAAGAUGGAGGGUGGCGUUGUGGAGAAGGUGGAGCUCCAGACCCGGGGCCAGAGAGAGAACCCCAGCUGGUUCGCCUGGCGUCAGAACCGCAUUACAGCGUCCAUCGCUCACCGCCUCGCCCACAGCCGCUUUGUCACUGGCCAGAGCCAGACUCCGCCUGCUUCCUAUCUGGCCGCCAUCACCGGCCGUGGCACCAACGUCAAAACCCGCGCCAUGAACUGGGGCAUUGAGCGGGAGGCCGAGGCCGUGCGGAGAUAUCAGAGCCUGAAGAGCAAGGCCCUGGGCCGGGCGGUGAGGGUGCAGGAGUGUGGCCUAUUUAUCGACCCCAAGCGCCCCUGGCUAGCAGGCAGCCCUGACGGCAUUGUAGAGGACCAGAGGACCGGCCAACGGCUGCUCUGCCUGGAGGUCAAGUGUCCCUACAAGCACCGUCUGAACACUGUAGCCCAGGCCUGUAGAGAGGACCCUGCCUUCUGCCUGACGAUACAGGACCAGGGUGUGGAACAGGUGAGGUACCAUCUGAAACCAGACCACACCUACUACACCCAGAUCCAGUGCCAGCUGGCAGUGACAGGGUUAUCCCAGGCUGACCUAGUGGUGUUCACCCUGAAGGAAACAGCCAUCAUCCCUGUGACCUUUGACCCUAUGUUCUGGGACGACACGCUGGUCAAGCUGGAGAUGUUCUACACCGACGCUGUCCUGCCCUACCUCAGAGACAACGGACUGGACGUACCAGCCAUGAGGCCAGAGGAGUAGCUAGCAUGCGGCAUGUCUGGACACUUAACACACAGGGGGUGGCUAGCUGGUUCAGGAUGUCAGAUAUAGAAGUCCUGAGACUGUAGUUGUGUCUGUGGUGAAGGACUGGUCUGGGUAGGGUAAGUGGUAAAGGGCAAUGGAGACUGCAUAGAUAAGUGGUGGAGGAACCUUCUGCUUUUGUCAGGUAGGCUUAGAGAUUUGAACCUAUCACUUUACUGUCAAAUAUUUGAAUGUAAAUAAACCAUGCCUGCCUUAAGACA